UCGAUUGCUCAGGCCUGCGCCGCCGCCGUCAAAAAAAAUCCCCUCCCCAGGCUACCCUGCAGAUCGCCGAUCGGUAGUUUCCUUCCCUCUCCCAGGUCACCAUCAGGAUCUUUGCCUAGUGCCCGCCGGAGUCAUGUUUCGCAAUCAGUAUGAUAACGAUGUCACUGUUUGGAGCCCUCAGGGCAGGAUUCAUCAAAUUGAAUAUGCAAUGGAAGCUGUCAAACAAGGUUCAGCCACAGUUGGUCUGAAAUCAAAAACCCAUGCAGUGCUGGUUGCAUUGAAGAGAGCACAAUCAGAGCUUGCAGCUCAUCAGAAAAAAAUUCUCCAUGUUGACAACCAUAUUGGUAUCUCUAUUGCGGGACUUACUGCAGAUGCUAGACUGUUAUGUAAUUUUAUGCGCCAGGAAUGUUUGGAUUCCAGAUUCGUAUUUGAUCGGCCUCUUCCUGUGUCUCGUCUUGUGUCUCUAAUUGGAAGCAAGACCCAGAUACCAACACAACGAUAUGGCCGGAGACCGUAUGGUGUUGGGCUUCUUAUUGCUGGUUAUGACGAUAUGGGUCCUCAUAUUUUCCAGACCUGUCCAUCUGCUAACUAUUUUGAUUGUAGAGCUAUGUCCAUUGGCGCCCGUUCUCAGUCAGCUCGUACUUAUUUGGAGAGACACAUGUCUGAGUUUAUGGAGUGCAAUUUGAAUGAAUUGGUUAAACAUGGUUUACGUGCCUUGAGAGAGACUCUUCCUGCAGAACAGGACUUAACAACAAAGAAUGUUUCUAUUGGAAUUGUUGGUAAGGACUUGGAAUUUACGAUCUAUGAUGAUGAUGAUGUAUCUCCAUUCCUGGAAGGUCUUGAAGAAAGACCUCAGAGAAAGUCACAGCCUGCUCCACCUGCUGAUGAACCUGCAGAAAAGGCAGAUGAGCCAAUGGAACAUUAAAUGAUAAGCAGUUUAUAUGUGUAUUAACAAAUAUGUGAGAAUGGAAGAAUACAUGAAGACAAUAUUCCAUACCUUGAACCAAAAGAUUCAGAGUGGUUAGGAAUGAGUCCAGACAAGCAAUUUUUUCAAGCAACUUCACUGAAACCAUAUAAUGAGGUGCAUUUUUCUUUAAAAGGGCCUAUAUAAUCAUUUCUAGGAAGUAUAGGUAUCUGUAUUCAUGUUUUUAUAUGAAGAACAUAGUGUCUUUGUGGUUUUACGAACUACUGUGAAAUAAAGUUGUUUCACCUGAUGGUGCAUUG